UGGAAUUAAUCGGCGGUGUUCCGGUCAUUUGGACUGGCCAAGAAGCCGGGGCGAGGGCGGCGGGGGGGGGUGGUGGCAAGAGCCGGGAGUGCGAGCGGAGCGACCAUGGCUUACCUGCUGCUGCCUGUCCUGCUGACGCUGGCCGCCCUCCUGCUCGGCCUGCUGCACUGGCUGGGCGCCUUGCGGCGGCGGCGCCCCGGCGAGCCCCCGCUGGACCGCGGCGGCCUGCCCUGGCUGGGGCACGUCCUGCCCUUCCGCAGGAACACGGCGGAGUUCCUGCGGCGGAUGCGGGGGAAGCACGGGGACGUCUUCACCGUGCAGCUGGGGGGCCACUACGUCACCUUCCUGAUGGACCCCCUGUCCUACGGGGCGGUGGUGAAGGAGUCCAAGGCCAUGCUGGACUUCGAGAAGUUCGCGGUCGAGCUGGUGGCCCGGGUGUUCGGCUACCGGGCGAGGGAGGAGGACCACCAGCUGCUGGUGGCGGCCAGCAGCAAGCACCUGAUGGGCGACGGGCUGGUGGAGCUGACCCAGUCCAUGAUGGGGAACCUGCAGAAGCUGAUGCUCCACGGCGCGGCCGAGGCGGGCCGGUGGGAGGAGGGCGAGCUCUUCCACUUCUGCUACAACAUCGUCUUCCGGGCCGGCUACCUGACCCUGUUCGGCACCGAGCCGGCCGCCGGGGCGGACCCGGAGGCCGCCCGCCAGCGCGACCGCCAGCACUCGGAGCGCCUCUUCGGCCACUUCAGGCGCUACGACCGCCUCUUCCCGCGCCUGGCCUACGCCGUCCUCCCGCCCCGGCAGAGGCUGGAGGCCGAGCGGCUCAAGCGGCUGUGGUGGGACCUGCUGGCCGUCGGCCGGACCGGCGCCCGGGAGAACGUCAGCGGCUGGGUGGCCGAGCGCCGGCGGCAGAUGGCCGAGCAAGGGGUGGGGGCCGCCAUGCAGAGCCGCUACAUGUUCCUGCUGCUCUGGGCCUCGCAGGGCAACACCGGCCCGUCCGCCUUCUGGCUGCUGGCCCACCUGCUCGGCUCGCCCGAGGCGCUGCGGGCGGUGAGGGCGGAGGUGGACGGCGUCCUGCGCGAGACGGGCCAGGCGGCGCGGGCGGGCGGCCCGCCCGUCCAGCUGACCCGCGACAUGCUGCUGAGGACGCCGGUGCUGGACAGCGCGGUGGACGAGAGCCUGCGGCUGACCGCCGCCCCCGUGCUGAUCCGGGCGGUGCAGCGGGACGGCAGCCUGCGGCUGGCCGACGGCCGCCACUACGCGCUGAGGCGGGGCGACCGCCUGGCCCUCUUCCCUUACCUGUCGGCGCAGAUGGACCCGGAGAUCCACCCGCAGCCCCACACCUUCCGCUACGACCGCUUCCUGCGGCCGGGCGGCGACGGCGCCAGCGUCAGGAAGACCGACUUCUACAAGGGCGGCAAGAGGCUCAAGUACUACAACAUGCCCUGGGGGGCCGGGGUCAGCAUGUGCCCCGGCCGCUUCUUCGCCGUCAACGAGCUGAAGCAGUUCGUCUUCCUCAUGAUCAGCUACUUCGACUUCGAGCUGCUCAAUCCCGAGGAAGGCGUCCCCCCCGUCGACUGCAGCCGCUGGGGCUUCGGCACCAUGCAGCCCACCCGAAGCGUCCGCUUCAGGUACCGCAUGAGGUGCUAACGCCUCGUGCCCUGGUUCUCAAAGCUUCACCGUGUUUACCACCACCCCCACCAACAUCCCCAUCCCCCAUCAAGUACCCCCCCCCCCCCCC